UGUACCGUAUAUCUUCUAAUUUAUCGGACAGCAAAAAAUAAUUAUUUUGUAAAUUGUCCGGGUAUAAUUGGAACAGACUAAGUACUGGAGUGUCCAUUGUAUUAGAACAACGAAAAUUGCCCAAAAGAGUGUCCGGGGUAAUUAGAAGUGUCCGAUAAAUUAGAAGAUAUACGGUACACUCAUUUUGGAUUUGACUUGUUUGGACACAAUAAUUAACCUGAGGCAGGCAUGUAGGCGGUGACAGGUUAUAUAUAUAUAGUGUCACUGUAUAGUAGUCAGUCAUUGUACGUGUCUGUUAGUGUGUUUGUUUCUAUAAAUUAUGUAUUCUUGUUUUGCUCUACUUAAUAAUGCUACGUUUAUAGCAUACUGUUUCACAAUGACAAUGAAUGGAUUGCAAUGCACCCUCAUUUAUGGCCCAUUUGUGAAACGUACAGCCAACCUGAGCAUGCAAAACUCUUGGUGGGUGUGGUUUGCUGGCAUUAAAACGUGAAUAUUCUUCCACGCAUUGCCAAAUAGCGAAAAUUUCCCCGGUAUAAGGAAAUAACUGCUCUGUGAAGUUAUAGGCAUUGCAGUGAACAAGAAAAUUAAGCAAGUCACAAAUCCGCCAAAAGCAAUGUUAGUGCCUUAGGUAUCUCAUAGCGACCACUCCAACCAUUACUAGCAAAUGACGUGAUGGUCACAAACAUGCUGCCUAUAGAAACAUCAGUUUAGUAUUCCCUCAUCAGCCAUGUCCAUGCACCGAGGAGAGCAGCUCUCUAACACAGUCAAUGCGACCCUCAGGACAGUGGGAAGCACCCAUAGCUUCCCCUGAUCAUCCCAAUGUGCUUCAAUAGCCAGGCUGAUUUUUUUCAGAUGAGGGUUCUUUCUUGUAAGCGUCGAUGGCAUCCGGAGGUUCAGUUGUAACCUCAUACCCCAGAAGGAGCUAGGCGGGUGUGAGCUAGGUAUAGGAUAUGCAAUAUAUAAGUGGAGUUCACCUAUCCUACAACAAUGAGAACAUAAUACACAUAAUUAUGCUUCUUGUCGGUCUCUAAUCGUUUAAUUGAUCUGAUUGGUCAGGUCGGAAUUCCGUCCCAGCCAAAAGAAGACUAAAGUGCUCAGACUCUCUCCUGUCAGGUGCGGCUGAUUUAUGAGACUAAGUUGGCUGAUUCAUGAGACUAAGUUGAAUCUUGCUGUGGUAUUUUAAGAGCAUAUUGCUUGAGUUAUUUAUAGUGUCACAAUCAUGCUUGUCCUUAUUAGGCAUCCAUCAACAUAUCUGUUGCUUGAGUGUUAGUGCUCUAUUAGCUAUGACCAAGUACGUAGUGUAAUAGUUGUAAAGAAGUAUUGGCCAAGAAUCUGUGUUAUUAUUAUUUUGCUAUACGUACACUUACUGGAGUUGCUUCUCGGGUGUAAUAUAAUAUAUCUUUGAUGGCUAUCAAUGCUCGUGGAAACAAGAAAAGAACUUGUAAAUGGAAAGCCAGAUGGUUCUACUCUAAGGGAGCCUACUUGGUCUUGGUAUGGAAUCUGUUGGUCAACUUGUCAUUUGCGACUACCCUGCUAUUGUUUUCUGGUCGAUUCACUGGUUAUUUUUCAUCAAGUCCAUUGUAUGUGUCGAUACUGCUGAUAGCCAUUGUACUUGUAUGUUUUCUUGUCAUUUCGGCUCCAUUAUCAGGUUGGCUGGCUGAUGCUAAACUCGGAAACUUGAAGGUUCACAAAUUGGUAUUUUUCUAAUCUUCUUGUCGACUUCGGUGACAUGUGUGCUCAUAUUGACAACUGAGUUGUUUAACAGUAACAGUCUUAAGCUUUCAAUUUUCAGUGUCAUUGCUAGCCUAUCUUUGUUAGGAUAUGGAGCUUUCUUAUCUACCUCUGUCCAGCUAGGUCUUGAUCAAAUGCCUGAAGCUUCUUCAGAAAACAUUAGUAGCUUUCUUAAUUGGCAUUAUUUUCUUGUUGUUGCCAGCUAUUGGAUAGUUAUAGUAUUGUACGAUAUUAAAAUGAAUGUGUUGAUGAAAAGUACAACCUGACUUAUAACCAGAUACUGAGCUUUUUCUCUGUGUUUUGUAUGAGUAUUAUUCUAAUUUCGGAUUUUUGUCUCUCCUCGAAGUGUCUGGUAGUUGAACCAAAAGCAACUCAGUCUCUGAAAACCAUCUAUCAAGUUCUCAAGUUUUCUGCCAAGCACAAGGCUCCCCUCAAUCGCAGUGCUCUCACAUAUUGGGAGGAAGACAUACCUUCUAGACUAGAUCUUGGCAAGUCAAAGUAUGGUGGACCGUUCACUACAGAGCAAGUUGAAGAUGUGAAAACAGUAUUUCGUGUAUUUUAUCUUCGUUUAACAACGUUGUUUGCAUAUUACUUCUUUACUGCUCUAAGUAUUAGUAGAAAGACUAUCACAUUUUCCUCGCUAACCGAAUGUGAAAAUACCAUUGUUUUUCUGUUUAGCUACAUUGUUCCAGUAAGUUUCUUCAUUGGAAUGUUGGUGCAAGAAUUUUUGAUUUAUCUUUUAGCCCGAGGCAAAUUUCCUGGUACUCUGAAAAGAUUUGAAGCUACAUACUUCCUUAUCGUAACCAUUUGUGUUGUGUGCCUUAUUUUAGCCAUUCUUAAUUACUGUGAACUUGUCCCUAGUUCAUCAAUUGAUGUUAUUUCCCCAGUGUCUUGUGGUUUGCUGUCUGUGGUUUUCUUACCAGCAGAAUUGGAGUUUGCAUGUGCUCAGUCACCAUACAAUACGAGAGGGUUGCUUGUUGGUUUGGUGUACGUUAAGUAUGCUGGCUCUAUUUUUUUUGAUGCCAUAUUUAGUAGUAGUUUAUGUACUAGUGAGUACUGCAUCAUCAUUCAAUGGUCUGUAAUAGCCGUGCUCAUUUUGUUUGGAUUUGUGUUGUUCCUCUUUGUGGUUCGCCGAUACAAGUUGAGAACGAGGGAUGAUGGUUUUGUAGUUCAGCAAAUUACUGAAGAGAUAUAUGAUCGAAACCUCACUGCUGCUGCUCAGCUAGAUCAACCUCGCAUUUUUGCAACUAUGAAAUGAUAUUGAUUUUGUAUGUACACUCAUAUUUGGAUUUGACUUGUUUGGACACAAUAAUUAACCUGAGGCAGGCAUGUAGGCGGUGACAGGUUAUAUAUAUAUAGUGUCACUGUAUGGUAGUCAGUCAUUGUACGUGUCUGUUAGUGUGUUUGUUUCUAUAAAUUAUGUAUUCUUGUUUUGCUCUACUUAAUAAUGCUACGUUUAUAGCAUACCGUUUCACAAUGACAAUGAAUGGAUUGCAAUGCACCCUCAUUUAUGGCCCAUUUGUGAAACAGCCAACCUGAGCAUGCAAAACUCUUGGUGGGUGUGGAUUGCUGGCAUUAAACCGCGAAUAUUCUUCCACGCGUUGCCAAAUAGCGAAAAUUUACCCGGUAUAAGGAAAUAAUUGCUCUGUGAAGUUAUAGGCAUUGCAGUGAAUAAGAAAAUUAAGCAAUCACAAAUCCGCCAAAGCAAUGUUAGUGCCUUAGGUAUUUCAUAGCGACCACUCCAACCAUUACUAGCAAAUGACGUGAUGGUCACAAACAUGCUGCCUAUAGAAACAUCAGUUUAGUGUUACCUCAUCAGCCAGGUCCAUGCACCGAGGAGAGCAGCUCUUUAACACAGUCAAUGUGACAGUGGGAAGCACCCAUGGCUUCCCCUGAUCAUCCCAAUGUGCUUCAAUAGCCAAGCUGAUUUUUUUUCAGGCGAGGCUUAUAAGCCUCGAUGGCAUCCGGAGGUUCAGUUGUAACCUCAUACCAGAAGGAGCUAGGAGGGUGUGAUGUAUAGGAUUUGCAUUCACCUAUCCUACAACAAUGAGAACAUAAUACACAUAAUUAUGCUUCUUGUCGGUCUCUAAUCGUUUAAUUGAUCUGAUUGGUCAGGUCGGAAUUCCGUCCCUGCCAAAAGAAGACUAAAGUGCUCAGACUCUCUCCUGUCAGGUGCGGCUGAUUUAUGAGACUAAGUUGGCUGAUUCAUGAGACUAAGUUAAAUUUUGCUGUGGUAUUUUAGGAGCAGCGUAGGAGGAGGAAUAUGAUUAGCUGCAAAUUCCCUGCGGUUAAUUUUGGGUCAAUGAAUAUCAUUAAUCACAGGACGAGGGAAUAAAUUAGGUGAGUAACUAGGUUACGAGCCCCCUCCUACGGUGCCCCAUCACGGUAUGAACAUACCGGAGAAAAUUAGAAGUAACUACAAUAAAAUAAAAUAAAAUAAAUGGGGAAAAUGGGUUGGGAGGGAAACAGCAAAGACAGCAGUCCAAAUUUUAUAUUGCUCAGCCAAUCUCACCACGAGGCAGUGCUUACUAGUCAUGCGCCGGAGUAGAUAAUGUUUGCUAGGCCGCUCCGCCCCAUUAACUCCGUUUAACUUCUGUUGGCUACGCUCCGAAGCGUCAAUCAGCGGUAAUCCCUCAUCUACCCAUCAGCCUUGUGGGGAGUUGGAGGGGUGGAGCAGCGUAGGAGGAGGAGGCCGUCUAUGAAUAUGAUUAGCUGCAAAUUCCCUGCGGUUAAUUUUGGGUCAAUGAAUAUCAUUAAUCCCCAGGACGAGGGAAUAAAUUAGGUGAGUAGCUAGGUUACGAGCCCCCUCCAAAGAGAAUCAAUUUAUCUGAGUCCACAGAGUAUUUACGAAGUAGUAAUUAUAUAUAGGUACGUCACAUAAACAUAGUUACAUCAAUUAAGGUGCGGGUUCUGUACUAAUAACUGCUGAAUAGCUAGCGAGUUUGUCCCUUGGGGUGCGAAUAUAGAGUUGGUAUGUCGAGCUUUUCCAUCUGCCCAGCAUUUGGAUGACAGGUUCGCUGAGACCGUGGGCCUCGGCAGCAGUGGCGGCCCCAAUCCGAAAUGAGUGGCCAGCGUACCUAGAGGAGUCCACGCCCAGGCGCGAAAGAGCGUCUCGGACUUGGGACACAAAUCUAGACUUGGUGAGAGGGCGUCCGUCCGCAAAUAAAAAUAGAAAACCCUGACGGUUACCUCGGAGCGCGAAGUAUGACAGCAACGCUGUCACUGGGCACAGAGGAUUAUUGGUUCGGCCAAGGACUAUUUCGAUCCCUUGGCGAAACGGAUCUGUUUUAGAUGCUUUCAGGCGAACCUUGACCACUUGGGGAUCAGCAAUAUUGUCCACUGACACGUCAUUGAAACAUAGGUGGGAGGAUGGGUCGAAUGCAGACUCCGAUGGGAUGGUCAUUUCUGGUCUUGGGGUGGGGACCUUGGCAGCGCCAGCAGACAUGCGCGAAGGUGCACUUAGGGCCAAAUCUGCAUACGCCGUUCCCAAAGUUAAAAUUAUGGCAGAUCGGGGUUCCGUCUGGCAGUGAGCGAGCAGGCAAAGAGCGUUUGGGAGCUGUGGACUGGGAAGUGUUCUGGUGUUUUCUGAUAGGUUCCCCAGUCGACGGCUGUUUUUGGUCUGUGAGUGGGCAGUUCCCUUGGCGGUGUUCUCCCGAGUGACAGAUGGAGCACCAUGCGUCCAGCGAGGAGUUUAUAUGGUGGAAGUAUUUGGCAUGGAGACCGUAGUCCAGCUGGGACCAGUCUAUCUUGCCCAGGUCAGCCGUCUCCUGCCAGAAGCUGUAGUCAUAUAGCACCCAGGUUGGCCAGCGGAAUCUCUGGCUGAGGUAGCCUAUAUUUUUCUGGUAUAGCAUUAUGGACGUUGCCCUAUGGGGGUGCUUCGUUAGUAGCACUGCUGUGUAUAGUGAGAAGCACUGCACCCAGGUGCCUAGGUCCGGGAUGAGCCGUUUUGGUUUUUUACUGGGUUUGCUGGCUGGGUCAGCGAAUCGAGAGGCCUGUUGGUGGCGGCUGGUGCGUGGCCUUUUGCGGGGGGUAGUUCCGCCAGGUCCACAAAUAGCUCUGCCAGGAUAAGUUCGACCAUGGUUCGAUCGAGAGCAGGGAGGCCCGGGGCCACGACGAUGGUCUUGCAGUGAGCAGUUGGGAGUGGCGUUGUCCCGCUGGCGGUUAAUCCCACGGAUGUUAGGGACGUGACGGGGGGGGGGGUGUGCCAAAGCCCGAACCUGUAUGCAUGGAGGCAUGGGUUAGGAUCGAUUAUUGUGCUGUGGGCGUGUACCCAUUGGUCUGCGUGGACCUUAGUGGGUGCGUGUUCUUGUAUAGAAUGCUGAACCCAUGCAUGGUACUGCGCGACCUUUCGGGGUGUAUGGAUGCCAGCAAGGCAGCGGCUUGUGCAUGAUACCAUUGUCCGCGUGGACUGUAGUUGCUUAGACGUGUGUGCAGCAUUGGGGGUGAUGCGUUCACCGAGUGAUUGAACUGACCCUACCAGCAGCUUAUGCAUUGGGGUGAUGCGUUCACCGGGUGUCCGCAUGGACAGGGGUGCCAGUGGGCUUAUGUAUUGGAGGUGAUGCGUUCACCGAGUGUCAGUAGGCUCUUAGGCCUUAGAGGUGAUGCGUUCACCAAGUGUACCCUAGUUGCUUAGGGGUGUGAGUUAUGCAAUUGAGUUCACCGAGUGCCAUGCCAGCAGGCCCUAGAGCUUUGAGCCCGCGCCUUGCAAAAUACUAGUGUCCGCACUUAUUACAACAAAACACAACAAUAACCAUAAUAGUAAAUAGAGUGAUGCGUUCACCAGGUGUCCGCAUGGACUGUGCUCACCCUAGUGAUAAUGCAGAUGAUGUAUGCCAG